UUCUUCAGGAAAAACUGAGGACACAGUGGUCACCAUCCCUUACAAGAGUCGUCACGUGCGUCUGAUCCUGAAAGGCCCGGAUCACUUGUGUAAGUCCUGACAUGGAGAGUAAGACUCUACAGGGGGUAAGAGAUGAACUGGUCUUGGAUAGAUCCGGGCAGUACUAUAUAGAGAACACCACCGUGGACUACCAGAAACUUUCAGAUAAAGAAGUCCUGAGAAUCACUGGCCCACUCGGAGCUGACUUCACAGUCAAAGUGCAGUUUACCGGUGGUACAGACAGUGUGGUCCAGUACAUCUACUACCAGCCCAUCAUCCACCGCUGGAGAGAGACCGACUUUUUCCCGUGCUCCGUCACAUGUGGUGGAGGUUACCAGCUAACCUCAGCAGAGUGCUAUGAUCUACGGAGCGGACGGGUGGUUGUAGACCAGUAUUGCCAUUACUACCCGGAGAAUGUCAAACCCAAACCCAAACUGCAGGAGUGCAACAUGGAGCUGUGCCUGGACAGUGACGGCUACAAGGAAAUUAUGCCAUAUGACCAGUACCACCCCCUGCCUCGAUGGGAGAGCAGCCCCUGGACGGCCUGUUCCACCUCUUGCGGCGGGGGCAUCCAGAGUCGCUCGGUAUCGUGUGUGGAGGAGGACAUGCAGGGGACCAUCACUCCCACAGAGGAGUGGAAGUGUCUUUACUCUCCCAAAACAGCUAUCCUGCAGCCCUGCAACACAUUUGACUGUCCCACCUGGCUGGCACAGGAGUGGUCACCAUGCACAGUGACUUGUGGUCAGGGACUGCGCUACAGGGUGGUGUUAUGCAUCGAUCACCGUGGCCUGCACGCCGGAGGCUGCAACCCUACCACCAAACCGCACAUCAAAGAGGAGUGUCUGGUGACUGUGCCCUGCUACAAGUCCAAAGAUACACUACCAGUUGAGGCAAAACCUGUGUGGCAUAAGCAGGCCAUAGAGCUUGAGGAGGAAGUCACAGCAAGUGAGGAACCAACCUUUAUCCCCGGUCCCUGGCAGCCCUGCAGCAGGACAUGUGGUGCUGGGACCCAGCAUCGGACGGUCAAGUGCCAAGUGCUGCUGUCUUUCUCCCAGACAAUCGUGGACGUGCCAGAUGAUGAAUGCGAGGGGGUCAAACCUGCUACUAGCCAGCCUUGCUACAGCAGUCCCUGCUCUGUAGAUUUGGGUGAAGCAGGAGAAAGUGAAGAGGUGGAAGAGGAGGAGGAAGAGGAGGAGAAGGGCAGGACACUGCAAAGAGAGGAACUGCACGACUGGGAGUACGAGGGCUUUACUGAGUGCUCAGAGAGUUGUGGGGGAGGUGUGCAGGAGGCUGUGGUUAUCUGCCUGAACAAGCAGACCAGAGAAGCAGCAGACCAAAGCCUGUGUGUGAGCUCUCGGCGACCCCCACGACUCCUCCAGGACUGCAAAACUCAGCCCUGCCCACCCAGGUGGGAAACUGGAGAGUGGAGCUCCUGCUCAGCUACAUGUGGGGUAGGUCUGAUGAUUCGCACUGUGGUGUGCACACACCGGCCCUCUCGUGACAGCAAUCACACUUUAGUUUUGAGGGAUGAAGACUGUCAGAACCCCAAGCCCAGUCCUCUCCAAGCCUGCAACCGCUUUGACUGCCCUCCUAUGUGGGACACGCAUGACUGGGGACAGUGCUCCCAAAGUUGCGGUGGUGGGGUUCAGAGGAGGCAGGUACUAUGCAAGCAACGGUUGGCUGAUGGCAGCAUUUUGGAGCUACCUGACACGUUUUGCCCUACUAAGAGUCCUACAAGCCAGCAGCCCUGUGGUGAGCAGGAAUGCCCACCUGAGUGGGUCACAACUAGCUGGUCCCAGUGUUCAGUGACAUGUGGAAAUGGUAUUCAGACCCUCCAAGCUGUUUGCAGGAAGAAAGAGGUGAAUGGAAGGUAUUUGACAGCAGACCCUAAGAACUGUUCCCUGCUGGCUCGUCUCAACAGAAUCCGAACAUGCUUCUUCAAGCCCUGUGAAAACUCUGUCAAGCCUGAUGCCACCAUACUGGCUCAGAGAAAAGUUUAUAUCCAGUGGCGGAAAGGGAAAAAAGUUCACCUGGGCAUUGGUGGUUAUGCGUACAUCCUGCCUUGGACAACUGUGGUCCUUCGCUGCCCAACCCGCCACUUCCGUAAGGGCCAAAUCCACUGGUUGAAGGAAGGGAAGCCCCUGGUCAACCUACCACACCUCUCCAUAACGUCACUAGGAUAUGUGAAGAUCCAUCAGGUUCGUGCAUCUGAUGCUGGGAUAUAUACAUGUGUCGCAGGUGAGGCACAAGAACAUUUAGUCUUACAGAUCAUUGGCAGCAAGCAAAAACUGUCUGUAGCAGAGUCAAUGCUCAGACGACAAAAGGUUGGGCGACCGGAUGCAAUCUCAGCUCAAGAAAGAUUUCAGGAGCUUCACAUCUCCCUCAACCGAUAUGAUACAAUUAUUGAACGUUUGCUUAAUCAUAAAGAAUCCAUUCGAGAUGAAAAAUACAUUGCUGACAAAUCACCUGCGAGUGAAAAGAACAGUUCUACCCUGGAGGAUGAAGGGUCAGAAAUUUACAUCCCAGAGGUCCUCGUUGCCGACACACGCAGGCUAGAGGAGAUCAUGAAAAACUUUGCCGAAGACCUUGGAGGACUACGGGAGGAACAACUUAUCGCACAACUGCUUAGUGAGCUCACUGUGGCACAGGGUGAAACCAAUGAGUCGACUCUUCACCCUCCAGAAAGUGCUGAAUCUUCCACGCAAGAGCCACUCCAUUAUAAACCAAACAUUAAAGCUCACACAGCCAGACCAAGAAACCCGCUGAUAAUCCAACGUUCGAAAAAGAUUGGAGAGGGGCCACAAUCUGAAAUGAUAGUUUAUGUGGGAAUGCCAGUUUUCCUGCAGAAACCAGUUGUUAGUUUAGUGUUGAAGUGUGAAGCAGUAGGAAAUCCUGACCCAUCUGUGACAUGGACAAAGAAUGGGAAAGAGUUGCGCCACAGUAGCAGAGUAGGCCUGUUGCCUACAGGAUCACUGAGGAUCCAGUACCCAAGCAAAGGGGAUGAGGGUUUGUACACCUGCACUGCCAGAAACCGUUUUGGACGGACAUCUCUUUCAUCUUCGGUGCAAAUUACUGGUGGCAAAGGAAGAAUCUGUGUCCAAGGCAACCGUGUGGGAGCAAAUGGGCCGGCUUGUUCUGAGAGGAGGAAUGGCAGUCGGUCGGCUGAGCUGUGCCAAGGACAAGCCUGCCUCUUCAGGUGGCGAGCGGAUGCUUGGUCCCCAUGCUCAGCCACUUGCGGUGGUGGAGCCCAGACUAGAAUUGUGCGCUGCAUGAAGGGUCCCGAGGGCAGGUCAGAAGAGGUAGAGAGUCCGAAUUGCCUUGGAGCAGGGAGGAAACCCUCUGAUGCAAGGCCGUGCAACCUCCUUCCCUGUGCAAGAUGGGCCACAACCUCCUGGGGGCUGUGUCAUGGCAGGUGUGUGGGUCCCAGUUUGGCCACACAGCACCGCCAUGUCUACUGCCAAGACCUCAAUGGUACCAGAGUCCCCCACAGGAUGUGCACUGGGCUCUACAGGCCAAGCUCUUUGACUAAUUGCACUGCUGAGGCUUGUGCACUUCAGUGGCUCGUGGGGCCUUGGACACAGUGCACCGCCACGUGCGGACGGCAUGGUUUCCAAUCACGCCAGGUGACCUGCGUCCACCUUCGGACCGGCAAGGCCUUCCGAGACCGUCACUGCACGUGGAGGCCUCGGCCUGCCAGCUGGCAGCGAUGUAACAUUUUAUCCUGCGGCAGAGCAGGAGAGUGCCGGGACAGUACGAGGUACUGUGAGAAGGUGCGGCAGCUGGAGCUCUGCCUGCUCCCACAGUUUAAGAGCCGCUGCUGUUUCUCCUGCCGAAACACCUGAAACGGAGAAGUGAGAACGUUGGUGAAAAAUCUGGAAAGGUCAGGGAAGGUGUCACGGAAGUCAAGGAACCUCUAUGCCUAUCCCAACACCCUCCAAUGUCUUCAACGAUCGCUCCUGGAUUCCCGAGUGCGGAGGAAUGUUUGCUUGUCAUACCCAAAAGUGACUAAAAUCGACUUUUAAGAUAGCAUACCUGGGUUUGAAUUCAAAAUUAUUGCUACGAGAGGAAACCACAUCUGUUAAUGAAGGCUUUGGUUUUACUUCUUUAUUUUAAUUUAAAUCUGAAAUUCGUGCAAACAGCUUUUGUGUCCCAAACAGUAGAUUUAUUUCCAGUGUGAGCAGUAGGAACUCUGCGGUUUCAUAAAGGGGAACUAAAGCCUUAAAAGCCGUGAUUACGGUCAUGUCCACAUUAACAAAAUCUGAGCAACGUAAUCUUCAGUUUCAGGUUCCUGAGCAAACGGAAGAUCACUAUCAUGUUCCUCUGAAACACAAUCACUCCACGCCAAAUUAAGUUUAUAUGAUUGCAUUCAACUUUACAAAGUAAUGCGAUGUUAAUAAUCGGCCUUAAUAGAUGACUGACUUCAUACCAAGGAAUUCUGGGUAAACGCCAAGCUUGUGAUAACCACUGGAUAGCUCUGUGUUUGUCUUUAUUGCUAGGAUUUUGAUGCUAAGUGAGCUUUUAUGAACGUAGCAAUGGGUUAAAAAAGGGGUGGAAAACUGAAAACCAGCAUGAUGCUGCUUAAGUGAGAACGAUGACAAAAUAAAGCCUAGUAUUAAAUAACUGGGACACAUUUAGUACCAGCCACACCUGGAAAAAAGUAUUCAUAAACAUAAAACAAUAAUUUUAGGCAAAAUGCAACAAAAAUGCAUAAAAUCAAAGGUUUAUUUAUUCAAAUAAUUAAUCAGUAAGGGAAAUGUGGUCGGUAUAAACUGAAUGUAUACCAUAUAUCAAGUAACUUGAAUUUGACCAGAUUACAUUAAUCCUUUUACAUGUACUUAUGUUACAAAAUUACAUGGAAAGUUUACAUUUAAUCAAAUUAAUUAAAGCCAACAUUUUGGGCAUGAAUAGAUUUAGCACAUGUUGACCAUAAUAACUGGUCUUUCAAAGCAGCAAGGGAGUCAGAUUGCAGUUUUUAGAGGGUAAGACUCAAUAAGGAUUUUUUUUUUUUUUUGCAUGGGUUGCACUAUAGGAGGUGUACGACUGAAGCAAAUAAUGUUUUGGGAAAAAAAAGAUUUUGCACUCAGAACUCAUCCAAGUCUUUGUUAAAAACAUGGCUUGCAGAGUUAAUUUCUUUCUUUUUUUUAAAUGUAGUUUGUAAAGUUGCAUUGUUUCAGUAUUUUUGUUUUGUGAUAUUUCUUGAAAAGAUAUUUGCCAAACGUGUCCCUUUAACCACUCUGUGAAGUUACACACGCUCACACGCAGAUCUGAUAAAGUUCAUCCAGUCCGCCAUGUGUCAUAGUGUCAUAUUUACAUGUCUGUGAACGUACGAUGGGAAGCUUUGCAGUGAUCAUUACUAAUGUGCCGUGUGGACGGUUUGGACUUGGUCACUGCGUCCUGGGUUCCACAGAGCUUCACUGUCAUCAGGUGCAACCCAGCUUUAGCUGAAGACUACUUGGCUCUACGCUGAGGUGUGGUUAUGUGAUAUCACAAGAGGAAAAUAUUGUAUCACAUGUCAUUUCUUAAGUUAUGUAGAUAUUUGUCAUUUAAACUAUUUAUUUCCAUGUGUGUCCCUGAGCAAAGUUUCUGUAAAUAUUACAGGGGUGGGUCUCUCCUUGCGGCUGAUGGUAGUUGAUGUGCAUGCGAUGGGGACCCCCUGCUGGUGACUUGAUGUGUUGCUCCCUAUCGUUAAAUAAA